UUCUUUCUCCUCUCUAUUAUUUUAUCACUGCUAGUAAUGGGCAAGUUUUCCAAGUUUUCUUUUCCUUCAUGCUGUUGCUUCUCAUCCUCUUCAUCUGCUCAGGAAGUAAGCAACGUUGGAACUUCCACUGCGACUAAUUUUGAUUUGGAGAGUUAUCUACAGAAAUUCAACGACAUAGGUCGGCUUAAAGAUCUGAUUCAAUUUAUUGAAGAGCUUUUGAAAAAAGCGUCAGGCGAGAAGGAAGAAGGAUCUAGUUCAGCAGCAAGUUCUUAUAUCCAGGAUGGCCAAACAUUCCUAGAGCUAGUAGAUAAACACGAUAAACACGUUGGUAAACUUUCUGAAAAGCAUGAUUCUAUGGAUGGCGCAAGUGCAGAGAUAGAGAAGGUUGCUAUAAAUUUGCUGAAAGGCGCUGCCCAAAUUCAUUGGGUGGGGGCAGCACUUUCUGUGGUGGGAUUUGUAUUGGCCAGAUAUAAUGAGAUGUCUAACAAUCAGAGAGAGUGCCUUGAAAUUUUGAAAGUUUUGGUUAAUCUUGGGAAGCAAAUUCUGAAGUUGAAUGAGCAAAUGCCAGAAGAGGGAGAGAGACUAAAUGAGGCAGUCAAGUGCAUUGUUGAAGGAUGCAUCAUGUGCGCCUCCCAACUUGCCGUUGGCAAAUUUGUUAGGUUUCUUACUGCUUCAGUCAAAGCCGAUGGUUUAAAAGGUUUCCAAGCCAAGAUAGACCGCGUGUAUCGGGACCUGACAUUGUCAACUGUAAUUAACACACAGAAUAGAAUACCAAAGAUUUCCUCACAGUUAAAGAUUUCAUACAAGCCAGCAGUGGGAAUUGAGAGUGCACAAGAAAGUGUAAUUCAACUUCUUGAUUUGAAUGCACAACAUACAUCGGCUCAAGUUGUGGUUGUCUAUGGUUUGGGAGGAAUUGGGAAAACUACAGUCGCUGAUGCCGUUUAUGACCAAAUUCAUUCCCAAACUUAUAAGAAAUGCAGAAUUCACAUAAAUCAACAUUGUAACAAGAAGGAACUUAAAGAGCUCCAAGAGGUGAUUUUAGAAAUAUUGUUCAAUCAGAAAGAGAAAUUGACAGACUGUGAUCAUGGUCGGAAGAUGAUCUGGUCACUUUUCGAAAAGCAUCCUGAUCAGCCUGUAUUUCUGUAUAUUGACAAUGGUCUCGAAGAAAAAGAUCUUAAACAACUUCUACCUGCAGACUUGGGCAGUUGCCUACCACCUGGAAGCAGAUUACUUGUCACUACUCGAAAUCUUCAGGAGACGGACGUAUUUGACUCCUGGAAUGUUAAGCGCAAAAAAUAUCUUGUGAAUCCCCUUCCACAGACAGAGGCCAGAAAGAUUUUGUUGAACAGAGUGAGGGAUUACAGUGAUGAAAAGCGUAUAAAUGACCUCCUUAGCCUGUGUUGUGGUGCUCCGCUUCUGCUGGAAUUAGCCGGUGCUCAACUCGCUAUAAGUACUCAAAAUACAAAUAUUAUGGUAUUACAGUUGCUUAAAGCAGGGGAGAAGGUGGAAAAGGAAGAUAUCAGUGACUGUAUGGUUGAUUUUGUAUAUCACAGUUUACUACAACCUGUGAAAGAGGCUUUUCUAGAUAUCACAUCUUUAUUUUAUUCUGGCCCAGAUACACCUGUACCUCAAAUAGAGUCAAUAGGAGAGGAGGAAUUAAGAGCUCUAGAAGAGGCGUCAUUCAUCAAGAGAUCUGGGGAUUAUGGUAUGACUAUUCAUGACAUAGUUGAAGCAAGAGGGAAACAGAAUCACAAACCCUGAAGCUUUAUUGGAUUGUUUGAAAGAUGAAGAGAAACUCAAAAAAUUGAAGGGCAUCUGUUUUCGUAAAUUUUAUGAGCAGCCUCCAAUCGAAAUUAAUGAUGAUCAUCUUAAGUGUAUGGGCAAUUCCUUAAGAGUGUUAUCUUAUUUAGAUGAAUCGCAAAUAGCAUUCAGGGGGAAAUGCCAUAAGUCAUUUAAAGAACUCAGAUGCCUCCAAAUUCCGCAUGAUGUUUCUGAGUUGCCACUGGAGUUUAAGAAACUUGAGCAUCUUGUUUACUAUAGGGGCCCUUUCACUGAAGCCAUGAGUUUAUAUGAGCUUCCUUCAAGCCUGCGUAGUAUGAGAAUUACAGUUUCUGCCGAGAACGGAGUUAAAGAUUCUAAGGUCACUUCAGCUUCUUCUCUU